GCUCGACAGUGUUGUAUCGUAAUUAGCGCGGCUGCGUUGCAGGGCGAAUAAUUUGUCAUCGGAGAGAAAGACAGUAGCAUGAAAUAGCGUGAUACAUACAGAUGUGUCCGUUCCGAUCAGUCGAGAAUAAAUAACACGACUGUCUCGCCGGGGAUCUGUUCUUCAGUAACUGGAUUAGGUUUUGCGGCUGAAGGCGCUCAGGUGCAGCGGGAUAACGCUGAUGCGCGUCUAGAUGCGCCCUCCUCCUCCUCCUCCUUCUCUUCUUCCUCCUCCUCCUCCUCCUCUCUAGUCCACGCACUGCCGCAUCACCUCCAUCACCUCCAUCAUGGGGAACAGGGGCAUGGAGGAUCUGAUCCCGCUGGUCAACCGGCUGCAGGACGCCUUCAGCUCGAUCGGUCAGAGCUGUAACCUGGACCUGCCGCAGAUCGCGGUGGUGGGCGGCCAGAGCGCCGGGAAGAGCUCGGUGCUGGAGAACUUCGUGGGGAGGGAUUUUCUGCCCCGUGGAUCCGGAAUCGUCACACGCAGACCACUUGUUCUGCAGCUGAUCAACGCAAACGCAGAGUGGGCCGAGUUCCUGCACUGCAAAGGGAAGAAAUUCACAGAUUUCGAAGAAGUGCGUCAAGAGAUCGAGGCAGAGACCGACCGCGUCACCGGGGCCAAUAAGGGCAUUUCUCCCGUUCCCAUCAACCUGAGGGUUUAUUCCCCGAACGUGCUGAAUCUGACCCUCAUCGACCUGCCGGGCAUCACUAAAGUGCCGGUGGGAGAUCAGCCGGCCGACAUCGAGCAUCAGAUCCGAGACAUGAUCAUGCAGUUCAUCUGCCGCGAGAGCUGCCUGAUCCUGGCCGUCACUCCGGCCAACACUGACCUGGCCAACUCUGACGCACUCAAACUGGCCAAAGACGUGGACCCUCAGGGCCAGAGGACCAUCGGUGUGAUCACCAAACUCGAUCUGAUGGAUGAAGGUACAGAUGCACGAGACGUUCUGGAGAACAAGCUCCUUCCUCUGCGCCGCGGGUACAUCGGCGUGGUCAACCGCAGUCAGAAAGACAUCGACGGGAAGAAGGACAUCAAAGCCGCUCUGGCAGCAGAGAGGAAGUUCUUUCUGACUCAUCCGGCCUACAGACACAUAGCAGACAGCAUGGGCACCCCACACCUGCAGAAGGUCCUCAAUCAGCAACUGACCAACCACAUCCGGGACACGCUGCCGGCCUUCCGCAGUAAACUACAGUCGCAGCUGCUGUCUCUGGACCGGGAGGCGGAGGAGUACCGGCACUACCGGCCCGACGACCCGUCACGCAAGACCAAAGCCCUGCUGCAGAUGGUGCAGCAGUUCUCGGUGGACUUCGAGAAGCGCAUCGAAGGUUCUGGAGAUCAGGUGGACACCGUGGAGCUGUCCGGAGGAGCCAAGAUCAACCGCAUCUUCCACGAGCGCUUCCCCUUCGAGCUGGUCAAGAUGGAGUGUGAUGAGAAAGAGAUGCGUCGGGAAAUCAGCUACGCCAUCAAGAACAUCCACGGCAUCAGGACGGGUCUGUUCACUCCAGACAUGGCCUUCGAGGCGAUCGUGAAGAAGCAGGUGGUGAAGAUCAAGGAGCCGUGUAUUAAGUGUAUUGAUCUGGUGGUUCAGGAGCUGAUCAACACGGUCCGUCAGUGCUCUAAUAAGCUGGAUUCGUUCCCUCACCUGCGGGAGGAGACGGAGAGGAUCGUCACGUCUCAUAUCCGUGACCGAGAGAGCCAGGCCAAAGAGCAGGUGCUGCUGCUCAUCGACGUUCAGCUCGCGUACAUCAACACCAACCACGAGGAUUUCAUCGGCUUUGCCAACGCUCAGCAGAGGAGUAGCCAGGCGAAUAAGAAGAGUUCUGCUGGGAAUCAGGAGCUCCAGGUGAUCCGAAAGGGCUGGCUGACCAUCAAUAACAUCAGCAUCAUGAAGGGAGGAGCGAAGGAGUACUGGUUCGUGCUGACCGCCGAGAGCCUGUCCUGGUUCAAAGAUGACGAGGAGAAAGAGAAGAAGUACAUGCUGCCCCUGGACAAUCUGAAGGUCAGAGAUGUGGAGAAAAGCUUCAUGUCCAGCAAGCACAUGUUUGCCAUCUUCAACACGGAGCAGCGGAACGUGUUCAAGGACAACCGUUUCCUGGAGCUGGCGUGUGACACUCUGGAGGAGGUGGAGAGCUGGAGAGCGUCGCUGCUGCGCGCCGGCGUUUAUCCCGAGAGGGCCGCGGUGGAGAGCGAGAGUUCAGGUCCGGCGGAGAACUUCUCCAUGGACCCUCAGCUGGAGAGGAAGGUGGAGACCAUCAGGAACCUGGUGGACUCCUACAUGGCCAUCGUCAACAAAUGCAUCCGUGACCUCAUGCCCAAGACCAUCAUGCACCUGAUGAUCAAUAACGUGAAAGACUUCAUUAACGCGGAGCUCCUGGCGCAGCUGUACUCUGCUGGGGAUCAGAACGCACUGAUGGACGAGUCUCAGGAGCAGGUGCAGCGGAGAGAGGAGGUUCUGCGCACACACCACGCUCUGAAAGAAGCGCUGGCCAUCAUCGGAGACAUCUCCACCACCACCAUCUCCACACCGCUGCCUCCGCCGGUGGAUAACUCCUGGCUGCAUGCGGGCGCGGGCGGCUCUCGCAGGUCUCCUCCUCCGAGCCCCACGGCUCCGCGCAGGAUGUCUGCGGGACAGAGACCUGCUGGUAGAGGUGCUCCUCCGCCUCCGUCUCGGCCCGGACCGUUAGGGCCCUUGAAUACCAGCGCUGACAGCCCACAGGUUCCCAGCCGGCCCAACCGAGCGCCUCCCAGCAUUCCCAGCCGUCGUCCUCCACCUUCCCCGACCAGACAGGUUCCCCCUUAAGAGGCCGUUUCCCUUUCUGCUGGAACCCGUUUUUCCAGAGCCAUUCUCUGCGUCUGUCCCGUACUGAAGCUCUGAAUCCCUGCAUGUCCCAGUGAUGCUUCCCCGUCACGUGUGCGGCUCGCUGUGUGUCGUCUGUCAGUGCCUGUGGUUCAGUCUGGUUCAGAGUCUCAUCGAGUCUAUCCUCUUCUAGUCUUCACCCUAACCCCGCCGUGGUGAAUCGUUCGUGGCAGUGCUGUGCUUCCCCUUCCUUAAAGCGUGCAGCACAGCAGUGAUGUUUCUAGCGAUGCAUGCUUGUUUAUUUUAGGCUGUUGAUAUGCGUGUCCACAUACUUGUGUCACAUUAUACCUUAGUGUGUGAGCGAUAUAUCUUAUUGCAAGCUGGGAAGUGUGUGUGUGUGUGUGUUUGUGGCUAAAUUAAAAGAUAAUCGUGUAAAAUAGUUUAAGGUUAUGUAAUAUUUGUGUUUUAACAUUUAAAUUAUUAAUGUUUUUAUUUCUUAAUGUUGUUUGUCAUUAAAAAUGCUCAGAGAACUUUAUUUCUCUUAGUUGUGAACAUCCGUUUUGUUGUUACAUCUGUAGUCCUCAUUGUCGGCUAACACUCAUACAAGCACCAGAAUAUGAAAUGUAUUCAUCUUCUCGAAUAGCGCCACCUGCUUGCCAUUUUAGCCGAUGAUGUUUAAUCCAAGUCCCUGGAACUACAGUAUACACCUGUUCUGCUGUGUAGAAAAUCAACUAUAUGUACUGUAUGUGUUUCAGAUAAAUACAACACAAUUAUCCAGAACAUCAUCCCAUUACUUUGCAAUAAAUCUAACAGUAGUUUUGUGUCGUCUCUCUCGUCUGUUCAUUGGAUUAGUGAUGUUUAAGCAUUGAUGAUGUUCAUUUGCUACUGUACUCAUGUUAAGUAAUUACAAGACAAACUCUUCUUUUGAAAAUAAUAUUAUAGCAUUCUUAAAAAGGACUUCAUAAGGAAUGUAAGACAAGUAUGCAGGGACUGUUGGGAAACGCUGAUGUAUUUUAACGUUCAUUAUUAAACACAUGAAUAUAUGGAUGUUUGUGAAUCAGAGGCUGUUCAAAUGGAUGUAAUGGUGUGUCAUGCAGUAUUUAAUUUAAUAGUCUAUGACAUUUAAACUGCCCUGUGAAGGGAUGAAACUAAACACACAGGAGCUAGAGAGCAGGGACAGAGACUGAAUGGAGCAGGAUUUCUCAUGAGCGCAGCAUAGAAACCUGCAGCUAGAGCAUCAUGAUGGUCCGACUCUUCAGAAACAUCUCUCUCUGACUUCUGCUCAUCAGACAGCGAUGUUUGUGUUCUUUAUGUUAGUCACUCAGACUAUAGCUAUGCACAAAUGAAGUAUUUUAGAAACUUUUACUUUGUCAGUGAGCUGAUGAGAUUGGCGUUUGUUUUAGAUCAGAUCUGAGGUUGAUACAGCAGUUACACAUUAUAAUAAUACAUUCAUAUGAUGUUAUUGAAACGAAAUGCUGGAAAAUGUGCUUUAGCUGUUUAUUUACUCUUCAGAAAUGUGUUCUCAGAAUCUCUCUUCCAGCAGACAGUUGCAUAGUUUUAAAUGUGGGACGAGUCUAGAUUUGAGAGUUUCGCAGCAGGAAAUAACAGGAGCGUCUCACUCUUUCUGUGUUUCAUUAUGGCUUGAUGUACUGUACCUCUAUAUGUAUGAAAUAAAAUCGACUAUGGAAAAUAAAAUCAAGUGAGAAUUU